AUGACACGCAAUGCUGUGGGCGGUGUAUCGUGGAAAUGCUCUGUCCAUGUGGGCGGCAAAAAGACCAGGACUUUGCGUACAGGAGUACUUCGCCAACGUGAAGAUGAUGCCCAUGAACUUCACGCUUCCCUCCUCAAGAGCAGCUCACCCAUUCGACCGACCGUCGCCAUUACCAUUCGCACGCUGGACAUGUACAGGCAAAGCCACCGAGUAACCCCGCACUUCAGUAUUCAUGCGGAAGCGAAGAUGCUAUGUUUUCUCCACGGUGUAUACUAUCGCAGACACCUUGCCGAGCAGCUUCGCAUCAGUUAUGAUGUAUAUCUCGAACUCCAUCGGCGCAUAGACCACCGCCUGGACAAGGUUCUAGGCCACGAUUCGGAUAACUGGCGGAUGCUAAACUCGUGUCCCGCAUGCCAGUAUAAGCUGACAGAUGAACCCCCUCUAGAAUUUUCCAUCCUGUGUGCUUGCGACAGCAAUAAUUCGGCCAAAUUGGUUGAUCCUGCCAUACGCGGUGGUCAGGAACACUUGGACACUCAAAUAGGAACAUCAUCGAUAUGGCUAAAUGAAUCGUACGUUGAUGUGUUCAAAGAUGAACCUGAUUCUGUUGAUUCUGCAGAGCCGUGUACUGUGUGUGUGGACCAUUGGCGCAAUGCUGCACCCAAAUCUCAGAAGAAAAUGUUCGCAAUAUUCAAGAAAUCAGGCAUUUUCAUUACCGUGUGCCGACAUGGCCUCCUACUCACCAUCUGUGAUAUGGUGCGAAGUGGCGAGCUGUAUCUUACUGAUGGAGUUUUCGGGAGCAAUAUCUUGUAUGGGUAUGACAUUAAAUGUGCCUUCGAGAAGAUCCUGCUGCGCAGCACACUUGGAGACAGUGCCAAGAGGCUCAACAUGCAAGGGGUUGUCCCCGCUUUUCAUGGACACGCCCAUAAUCGUCUCUGUCAGCUUCAGCACCACUCCAAGCACAAACUUGGUGCUGGGCUGGAAGAUUUUGAAAUGUGCGAACGAGUCUUCUCCGAGUCCAACGCGUUGGCUUCCGAAAUACGCAACACCACCGAGUUCCACCGACACCAAGCCCUCGACGAACACUUCCAUUUUGCUGAUAUGGACAGGUACGCUGCAUUAUCUGACUUCAUAUUCAAUAAUUACGUCCAAGCCUUAACAUCGAUAUCUACGACUACCACUUUUCUUGCCAAUUUUCACGCUUCAAAUCCAACUCUCGAUCCUGACUUCGAUGGCGACCUCGAAGACGAAUGUCUUUUCUUACAGCAUCUUGCAACGAAGAAGGAUGAAUCCAGCGUUGAAAUAGACUACGUAAAAGCAUUAAACAAGUAUGAAGAGGUGAAUUCGAAGGUUGACGUUGUCGUUGAUUACGAGUGGCAGAUGGCCCUGGACGCACAAUGGGGUCCGGAUCAUCCUGAGCGUGUGAAAGCCCAGUCGUGCAUCACCAACCAUCUUUAUCACAAGGCUGUCGAUGAUGUCGAACGGCUUGUUGUCAUGCGAGUUCUCGAAUUGACCAAGCUCCAGAUGAGCGGUCUAGGAUACAAACUUCGUACUCAGAUAUCAACCGCUCUCAAGAGCCGAGCCACUGCGAUUCAAAAUGCGCUAACUCGUUAUAAUAAGUACGCAAGCCAGCUGAACCCUCCUCGCCCCCCAUUACAGUGGGAACAAAUAGUCGACUACUCAUUCUUAGCAGAAUUUGACCUGCUCCGUGAAACAGGUACUGAGAUCCAAACGAAGUGCUGGGCCAAUCCCUCUUACCGACAUGCUUCCACACAACACCUUGCGCACCAGCGAGCUAAGGAAGAGAUCCGCAGGCUGAAUGUUGAGGUUGGGCGGUUGUGCACAAAGAUUCGGGACAACGCAUUGGAUUAUCCGCGAGCCAUUGCGCAACUUGAGCUGGACAAUCCACCGCUUGCAGCUCAUUUACAGUGUUGGUGGCAAUGGCUGCGGUCAGCUAACGGACGACACCUUUGGCGUAUCGAUCAGAUUCUACGGCUCCCUGGAUACAGCGGUCCCAUGUCUCCUGGCACUCGUGAAGGUCAGCACGGCAGUGCAUUCAAGGAAUGUCAUUUAAUUUGUGGUCAUUUGACCGUCAUCAACGACUUCGAGCCCAUGUCGUGUGUUUCAAGUUGUGAUAGGAGAAAUUUGAAUACUGCUCUACUACAUUAG